UGGAAUAUGUAAAAAGUCUAAACAACAAGUCGUCAAAGCUCGAGGACAGACGGGAGCUCGUAUAAAUGUGCUGCUGUUCGCGCGGGGGUAACAGGGGACAAAAAACACCCUCCCCCUCUCUGGAUGUCAGCGCGCCACUGGCCAUGGCCACUCUGGAGGGCUGUCACUGUCAGGACGCCGGGGUGCAAAACAAUAACAACAGCAUCCUGUACAACAUACUGAAGAACGACAGCCUCACGACCACCGAGGAACCAACAUCACAACCACAACACAGCCAGCAGCACCAAGUGCUCAAGGUCUCCUCCUGUUCCUCUUCUUCGAGGUUCAAGCUUAGGCAGCAACAAGCUUGCUCUUGCAGUUCCUCGCUGCGACGGGGGUCUCUCCGGUCCCCCCAGGUGACCUGCAAAGCCGCAUCGGCGGUCCUCAUGAAGACUCUGCGAUUUGUAAAGAACGUGCCGUGUUUCCGCGAGCUUCCCGAGGAUGACCAGCUGCUGCUCGUUCGGAACGGCUGGGUGCCACUGCUUGUGCUGGGCCUCGCGCAGGACCGGGUGGACUUCGAGACCACGGAGACCGCGGAACCUAGCAUGUUGCAGCGGAUCCUGACCGGCGGCUGUGUCAGCCAAGGCGGCUUAAUGGACAGACAGGUUGAGCCGGAGCAGAGCGCGUUAACACCCGGGGUCUCUCUCGCGGAUAUCCAGGGCAUCAAAGCGUUCUUGAAAAAGUGUUGGGGUUUAGACAUCAGUACCAAGGAAUAUGCCUACCUCAAAGGAGCCGUGCUCUUCAACUCAGAUCUCCCUGGUCUGUGCUACCUCAACUACAUCCAGUCACUGCGGCGCGAGGCCCACCAGGCUCUCAACGAGUAUGUGAAGCUGAUCCACCGGGACGACGCCACGCGCUUUGCCAAGCUGCUCAUCGCCCUGGCCAUGCUGAGGGCCAUCAGCCCCCCGGUGGUGGCACAGCUCUUCUUCAAGCCCAUCAUUGGAGCCGUCAAUAUGGAGGAGGUCCUGCUGGAGAUGUUCUAUGGGAAGUAGAGGCUUUCUAUGGUCCUGUCCAGAAACAACCCCUAGAUAUAGCUCCCAAGUCCUAGGCACUUCUCUUAGUCCUUACUCCCUAGGCAAUUUCACCUAUUCCCUACCCACUAGAAACGUGACCUUGCCCUAGACUCUUCCCCCCAUUUCCCCCCUUCCGCUAGCCCCUAGCUCCUAUUGGAUAGUAAUAAGCAAAAAAACAUGCCCAAUACAGGAACAAUAUGAUAGCUUCACCUUGCCCUCCGGUUGGCUAUAAAGGAACAAUAUGAUAGCUUCACCUUGCCCUCCGGUUGGCUAUAAAGGAACAAUAUGAUAGCUCCACCUGGCCCUCCGGUUGGCUAUAAAGGAACAAUAUGAUAGCUUCACCUUGCCCUCCGGUUGGCUAUAAAGGAACAAUAUGAUAGCUCCACCUGGCCCUCCGGUUGGCUAUAAAGGAACAAUAUGAUAGCUCCACCUGGCCCUCCGGUUGGCUAUAAAGGAACAAUAUGAUAGCUUCACCUUGCCCUCCGGUUGGCUAUAAAGGAACAAUAUGAUAGCUCCACCUGGCCCUCCGGUUGGCUAUAAAGGAACAAUAUGAUAGCUCCACCUGGCCCUCCGGUUGGCUAUAAAGGAACAAUAUGAUAGCUCCACCUGGCCCUCCGGUUGGCUACAAAGGAACAAUAUGAUAGCUUCACCUUGCCCUCCGGUUGGCUAUAAAGGAACAAUAUGAUAGCUCCACCUUGCCCUCCGGUUGGCUAUAAAGGAACAAUAUGAUAGCUCCACCUGGCCCUCCGGUUGGCUACAAAGGAACAAUAUGAUAGCUUCACCUUGCCAUCCGGUUGGCUAUAAAGGAACAAUAUGAUAGCUCCACCUUGCCCUCCGGUUGGCUAUAAAGGAACAAUAUGAUAGCUUCACCUUGCCCUCCGGUUGGCUAUAGAGGAACAAUAUGAUAGCUUCACCUUGCCCUCGGGUAGCCUAUAAAGGAACAAUAUGAUAGCUUCACCUUGCCCUCCGGUAGCCUAUAAAGGAACAAUAUGAUAGCUUCACCUUGCCCUCCGGUUGGCUAUAAAGGAACAAUAUGAUAGCUCCACCUUGCCCUCCGGUUGGCUAUAAAGGAACAAUAUGAUAGCUUCACCUUGCCCUCCGGUUGGCUAUAGAGGAACAAUAUGAUAGCUUCACCUUGCCCUCCGGUAGCCUAUAAAGGAACAAUAUGAUAGCUUCACCUUGCCCUCGGGUAGCCUAUAAAUGUUUUUUUUUGCUAUAUUACAUCUAUCAAAUCCUCUCAGAUCAAUAUCUGUGGGGUUUAUUCUGGACUGGCACUUUCUAUCUACCGGACAGAAGAACACAGAUUUGUAGAUCUAGUAGAACUAACUAACUGUUAACCAACCGUUCGAUCUGAAUGGACCAUUGAACAGAAGGACAGACAAAGGAAGAGAUUUGUGUGUUUUGUUAAGAAUGUUUUAGACACCGUGGUUGAUUAAGAACAGUGGGGGUGAAGGGGUGGUUGGGGGCGGGCUGAUGAUCAGUCUCUGUAACUUAUUUAUUUUUACAUAAAACUAUUUUUCUAUAAUAAAAGUAUUCUCUGAA